AUGGCGUCUCCGGUUUCGUGUGGCUCGCGUCAUAGCCCAGAUGAGCUCCCUGGAGACCCGUCUUCACAAGAAGAUGAGGAUUGCGAUUAUGAAGAUCGGGUCAGCUACUCGGGUUCAUACUCCUCAGAGAGUAGCGAUUAUGAUGAUGUUGAACCUGAAUGGUUGGACAGCGUGCAGAAAAAUGGAGAAUUAUUUUAUUUGGAAUUGAGUGAGGGUGAAGAAGAAAGCCUCCUUCCUGAGACUCCUACUGUGAACCAUGUCAGGUUCAGUGAAAAUGAGAUUAUAAUUGAAGAGGAUGAUUACAAAGAAGGAAAAAAGUAUGAACCUAAACUCAAGCGGUUUACCAAAAUUUUAAAAAGUAAAAGUCUUUUACCCAAGCGCCACAAUAAAAAAAGUAGUAAUGGCAGUGAGCCAGUGUCCAUUCUAAAGCAUCAGUCUAACCAGAAAACAGGAGUUGUUGUCCAACAGCGGUACAAGGAUGUGAAUAUUUAUGUAAACCCCAAAAAGUUAACUGUGACCAAAGCCAAAGAGCAACUUAAGCUUCUGGAAGUCCUGGUUGGGAUUAUCCAUCAGACCAAGUGGAGCUGGAAAAAAAGUGGAAAACAGGGCAGUGGAGAGAGGCUUGUGGUCCAUGGCCUGCUGCCAGGAGGCUCUGCUAUGAAGAGUGGUCAGAUAUUAAUUGGUGAUGUCCUUGUUGCUGUGAAUGAUGUUGAUGUGACUUCUGAGAACAUAGAGAGAGUUCUGUCUUGCAUUCCUGGACCUAUGCAGGUAAAACUGACCUUUGAAAAUGCAUAUGCUGUGAAGAAGGAAACAACUCAACCAAGACAGAAAAAGGCACAGUCGAACACAAAUGAUUUAGUCAAACUUCUGUGGGGAGAGGAGGUUGAAGGUAUCCAGCAAAAUAUCCUAAACACUCCUCACAUCGUUAUGUAUCUCACACUGCAGCUUGACUCGGAAACAUCAAAGGAGGAGCAGGAAAUUCUUUAUCAUUGUCCAGUAUCUGAUGCAUCUCAGAAACUUAAAAGUGUGAGAGGGAUAUUUCUCACACUCUGUGACAUGUUGGAAAAUGUAACUGGGACACAAGUUACUAGCUCAUCCCUUCUUUUAAAUGGGAAACAAAUCCAUGUGGCUUAUUGGAAAGAAUCUGACAAGUUGUUGUUAAUUGGCCUGCCUGCUGAAAAAGUUCCUCUUCCUCAGCUGAGGAAUAUGAUAGAAGAUGUUGUCCAAACCUUAAAAUUUAUGUAUGGUUCUUUAGAUAGUGCCUUUUGCCAGGUUGAGAAUGUUCCUCGUUUGGAUCAUUUUUUCAACUUGUUCUUUCAAAGAGCGCUUCACCCUGCUAAACUACAUUCUGGUACCAGUCUGAGUGCACAACAAUAUGAUGCUUCCAGCGCAGUGCUUUUAGACGGCCUCCCUGGAGUUCGAUGGCUCACGCUUCCACGGGAAAUCAAGAUGGAACUAGACACAGCAUUGAGUGACUUGGAGGCUGCAGAUUUUGCAGAACUGUCUGAGGAUUACUAUGACAUGAGGCGGCUGUAUACAAUUUUAGGGUCUUCUCUAUUUUACAAGGGUUAUUUGAUAUGCAGUCAUUUGCCCAAAGAUGAUCUUAUUGAUAUUGCUAUAUACUGUCGCCACUACUGCCUACUGCCUUUAGCAGCAAAACAAAGAAUUGGUCAGUUGGUUAUAUGGAGAGAGGUGUUUCCUCAACAUCACCUCCAACCUUCUACAGACUCAAACACUGAAGUCUUUCAGGAACCUGAAGGGAGAUAUUUUUUGCUAAUUGUUGGCUUGAAGCACUAUAUGUUAUGUGUGCUAUUAGAAUCUGGAGGCUGUGCAUCCAAAGCUAUUGGGAAUCCUGGACCCGACUGUAUUUAUGUGGAUCAGGUCAAAACAACUCUUCACCAACUGGGAGGAAUAGAUUGUCGCAUCAGUGAACAGCUAACAGCUUCUCCCAGCCCCUGUUUGUCUUGUGCUGACUGGUUCCUUACUGGAUCACAUGAAAAAUUAGAUAGUUUGACAACCUCACCUAUCCUCAGUAGGCUACCAGGUACUUCCAAGGUAGCAACCUCUCCAACAUGCAGAAGAAUUCUUUUUGGUGACUAUUCCUUAAAGGCAUGUAAGCCCAGCCCUUCCCGAAGCAGUGGAGGAUCUGACAACGGCUGUGAAAGUAGAGAAGGCAUUGGCCUGAGCCCCCAUACUACACCAGAUGCCAUAUGGAAGCAAAGAGAAUCUCAGGGCUCUGAAGCCUCGGAGGAAAGUGGGGCCUUGCUUAAGGUCACUAAAAAGAAGGUUAGUCUUCCAAAUCCAUUUCAUUUGGGGAACUUGAAAAAGAACCUUUCAGAAAAAGACCUGGAAAUAUAUAACACAAUGAAAUUAACAUCUGGUCCUGAGAACACACUUUUCCACUAUGUUGCCUUAGAAACUGUGCAAGGGAUCUUUAUUACUCCGACCUAUGAAGAGGUGGCACAGCUAAGUGGCUCUAUCCACCCUCAACUAAUAAAGAAUUUCCAUCAGUGUUGUCUCUCCAUUCGUGCAAUUUUCCAACAGACAUUGGUAGAAGAGAAAAAGAAGGCACUAAAUCGUGGAGAUCAUUCAGGUUCUACAAAUUCUGUAUCUUCUCUUAACCCUGUGAAAGAACAUGGUGUGUUGUUUGAGUGCUCACCUGAAAAGUGGACGGAUCAGAGGAAAGCACCACCAGUUAUGGCUUACUGGGUAGUAGGGAGACUCUUUCUUCAUCCCAAACUUCAAGAACUUUAUGUCUGUUUUCAUGAUUCAGUCACAGAAAUUGCCGUAGAAAUGGCUUUUAAAUUGUUCUUUGGAUUAACCGUGUAGCUGUGUUUUCUUGAUGCAUGGCAACUGUGCACAGAACAUUGAACGGUGUUAGAAUUGCUGACACCCAUACACAAGAAGAUAAGGGUUAGCCUCUCUUAACUGUUCAGUUUUGAACAUAAUAUUGUUAAAUAUUGAGAUGAUGUGCUCUUGGAUUUGA